AAUAUCCUCCCUUAUUGGGCUAACGCAUAACACAACCACUGCUACUUCACUCCCAUUCCUCUCGUAAAUCUCAUUUUACAUAUUUUCUCACCUCGCUUUCUGGUCUCUAGUAGGGGGAAUCUACGUCGUCUCUCCAGAUCAGAUCCGAAGAACAAGGUUUCCUUAUCAAGGAACAGAACUAAAAAGAAAAAGAAAUAGGAGAACGAUGGGUCGUGGAGUAAGCAGUGGAGGUGGACAGAGUUCAUUGGGCUACUUGUUUGGAAGUGGUGAGGCCCCAAAGCCUGCUGCUAAUCAGGCUAAUCCUGUUCAGAACCUGGGACAGGACACAAAUAAUGGCCCUUCCCAGAAGCCCACUGCUGUUUCACAACCAGCGGAUAACAGUAAGCAGAUUCCAGCUGGCAUCCAAGGGAACACUGCUAAAAAUGCCAACAACUACUUCCGAGCAGAUGGUCAGAACAGUGGCAACUUCAUCACGGAUCGACCAUCUACCAAGGUUCACGCAGCCCCAGGUGGUGGGUCUUCUCUGAAUUACUUGUUCGGUGGUGCUGGUGGUAAUUGAAGUCAUUGUUCCUCGAAGCAUGGAGGUGUUUCAUUCUGUCCAGAACCUGUAGUAUCUUGGAAGAAACAAUAUUUUCAUUCUUGUGGAGAAUGCAACUGUUUGAUCAUGUGCUGUAAUAUAUAGCUGUUUCUUGGUGGAAUUGGUGUGGUAGGUAAAGGUUUGCCGAAGUGAUGGGACUUCUGAAUUAGAUGCAAAAACACACAUUGCAAGGUCGACAGUUAUAAAAGUUUUUUCUGUUGCAUAUUUCACCUAAA